CCCAGUGCCGGUACCCCCGCCCCCCCGCCCCUCAGCCUUGAGUCCGCACCUGUUAUUGCCCCGGGACGCACCGCGCCUGCUCCUCAGCCCCAAGUUCUGCUGCCACCGGCCUUCUGCGCUCAAGCCGGCUCCAGAGCCCAGCCGCUGCUCGCGCCAGGCCCGGCAGGCAGCGAGAUGAAGGCGGCCCGUUUUGUGAUGCGCAGCGCGAGCUCUCUGAGCAGCGCGGGCCUGGUACCCCUGGAGGUCGAGCGGUUCUCGCGCUACAGCCCGUCCCCGCUGUCCAUCAAGCAGCUGCUGGACUUCGGUUCAGAAAAUGCAUGUGAAAGAACUUCUUUUGCAUUUUUGAGACAAGAGUUACCUGUGAGGCUAGCCAAUAUUCUGAAGGAAAUUGAUAUUCUUCCUAACCGAUUAUUAAAUACUUCUUCAGUGCAGUUGGUCAAAAGCUGGUAUAUCCAAAGCUUGAUGGAUUUAGUAGAAUUCCAGGAGAAAAGCCCAGAUGACCAGAAAGUUUUAUCAGACUUUGCAGACACUCUCAUCAAAGUUCGAAACAGGCAUCAUAAUGUAGUUCCUACAAUGGCCCAAGGAAUCAUAGAGUAUAAAGACACCUGCACAGUGGACCCAAACACCAAUCAAAACCUUCAGUACUUUUUGGAUCGCUUUUACAUGAACCGUAUUUCUACUCGAAUGCUGAUGAACCAGCACAUUCUGAUAUUCAGUGACUCAAAAACAGGAAACCCAAGCCAUAUUGGAAGCAUUGAUCCAAACUGUGAUGUGGUGGCAGUUAUUCAAGAUGCCUUUGAGUGCUCAAAGAUGCUCUGCGAUCAGUAUUAUUUAACAUCUCCUGAAUUAAAGCUCACGCAAGUGAAUGGAAAAUUUCCAGGCCAGCCAAUUCAUAUUGUUUAUGUUCCUUCUCACCUUCAUCAUAUGCUCUUUGAACUCUUCAAGAAUGCAAUGAGGGCAACAGUUGAACACCAGGAAAAUUGUUCUUCCCUUACACCAAUUGAGGUGAUUGUCGUCCUGGGGAAAGAAGACCUUACCAUUAAGAUUUCUGACCGAGGAGGUGGUGUUCCUCUGCGGAUUACUGAUCGCCUCUUUAGUUACACAUAUUCCACAGCGCCAACUCCUGUCAUGGAUAAUUCCCGGAAUGCUCCUUUGGCUGGUUUUGGUUAUGGCUUGCCAAUUUCUCGUCUCUAUGCCAAGUACUUUCAAGGAGAUCUGAAUCUGUACUCUCUGUCAGGAUAUGGAACAGAUGCAAUCAUCUACUUAAAGGCUUUAUCUUCUGAGUCUGUGGAAAAACUCCCUGUCUUUAACAAGUCAGCUUUCAAACAUUAUCAGAUGUGUUCUGAGGCCGAUGACUGGUGUAUCCCAAGUAGGGAACCAAAGAACCUGGGAAAGGAAAAAGUGGCCAUGUGAAGAGGGACACUGGGGACACUUUAUGGGAUCAAAGUGGGCCUAUGGUAAUGCUGCUUCUUGAAUCUUUUUGUGUGAGCUCCUGAUUCCACGAAAACAACAAAAAUGUUGUUCCAAUGAGGAAUGGAGUUGAGAUGUAUGACGCAGGAGAAGACAGAGCAGAACUACAGGAAAUAUGUGUGGCCUGCUCCUUGUUUGGUAGCAUAGAAUAGUUUGUGAGUUACUCUAAAUCCUGAAGUAGUCAAGUCUCCUUUCUAUCUCUUUGCCAACAAGCAUGGGGAGGAGAGCAGACAUGAAGACAGAAAUUAGCAACUGCAAUAGGCUCAUAUUUUAGACAUCAAAAUAUAUUGAGAUUUAACCAAUCUCAGUUGUCAAGGUACCAGCAUUUUCCUGCCAUGCCAAGAUUAGAGUUUAGUUUACACAUAUGAUUAGAAAUGUAUGUAAAAAUACAUUUCGCAUAUAUUUAUAGGCUCUGGGGAGGAAAAGAUACUGACUAAAAUAUUGUUCACUUUGAAUGUGGGGGAAUGAAUAAAACAUCUUAUUCAAAGUUGCAACCAAGGCAUCGGGGCCAAUGUGAGAUAUCAGAAAAAAGCCUCUUCUGAUCAGUACAGCUCUUUUAUGAGUUGCUUUUCCUGUUCAUGCUUCAAGCAAUAACUGAAUGCUUAUUGCCAGGUGCCUAAUCUCAGAGGAAUUGUUCAAUGUGUACUGGGUUAGAGUGAGGGAAAGACUGCCAAAGUGAGCUUAGAACUCUGUCUUCCCUAACUUGUUUCUAAAUUAAGUAGCAGAUAGGGAAGACUUGUGUUAAAGGAAGAAAUCAUGUACUCAGAGAAUCUAAUGCAUUACAUAGGGGCUGUUCUCUAAACCUGACGGAUGGCAACUGAAAAGCAUACAUUUUCUAGGCUUGAGAAGAUGUACUUUAAUAUAUUUACUUGUAUUCUGUAUACUCCAACACAAACUUGUUCAUUAAUAAAUUUCUGGGUUUCAAAUGGCUCAAGAACAUGAAAAUUCAAAGUACUUCUUAGAGUAUUUUUUUAAACAAAUAGGCCAAGUAAGAAGUUCUCAUGCCAGGCUGCAUUUAUGCUUCGAGCACCAGUGAAUGGG